UUCAUGCACUGGACAUUUGUCUCUUUUGAGGGAUCAGUCAGCGGAAGAUGGCGGUCUGGAUGCGGCUGGCAGGCUGAAGCAGGAUCCUUCAUAAACACGCACAUUUAACCCGACUAAAGUAAAACCACAGACUGGUUUGGAUUAAUAUCGACUGGUGUUUCUGGUCGGUUAUGGACUGUGGGAGUAUUUUACUCGGGUACGAGCACCCCAGACGUUUCUCUUGGAGACUUUGCGGGGAGUUCCAUGUUAUUAUUAUUCGGCCCGCUGUUCGGAAGAGCUAGAGGGUUUCUCCUCCACUUUAAAGCCUUUUAAAUUGAGUUAAAAUGUCGGAUACGAAGGUAAAAGUGGCGGUUCGAGUUCGACCCAUGAAUCGGAGAGAGAUUGAGCUGAGCACAAAAUGUGUAGUUGAGAUGGAGGAAAACCAGACAGUUCUGCACCCGCCGCCCUCCAAUGCGAAAGGAGAAAACAGGAAACAGCCAAAGGUGUUUGCCUUCGACUACUGUUUCUGGUCCAUGGAUGAAUCCAACGUCCCAAAGUAUGCCGGUCAAGAGGUCGUGUUCAAGUGCCUUGGGGAGGGAAUACUCGACAAUGCAUUUCAAGGGUACAACGCCUGCAUUUUUGCCUAUGGACAAACAGGCUCCGGGAAAUCUUUCUCCAUGAUGGGGAACGGCGAUCAGCCAGGACUCAUCCCGAGACUGUGCUGCUCGCUGUUCGAGAGGGUCUCCAGAGAGGAGAACGAGGCUCAUUCCUUCAAGGUGGAGGUCUCGUACAUGGAGAUCUACAACGAGAAAGUCCGAGACCUGCUGGAUCCCAAAGGGAACAGACAGUCUCUGAAAGUCCGCGAGCACAAAGUUUUGGGUCCGUAUGUGGACGGUCUCUCACAGCUGGCGGUCACAAACUUCGAGGAUAUUGAAUCUCUGAUGUCGGAGGGGAAUAAAUCACGCACAGUUGCAGCCACUAACAUGAACGAGGAGAGCAGUCGCUCGCAUGCGGUCUUCAGUGUCAUCGUCACGCAGACGCUCUACGACCUGCGGUCUGGGAACUCUGGGGAGAAGGUGAGUAAGAUCAGUCUGGUGGAUCUGGCCGGCAGUGAGCGAGUGUCCAAGACUGGAGCUGCAGGAGAGAGACUCAAAGAAGGAAGCAACAUUAACAAGUCUUUGACGACUUUGGGUUGUGUGAUUUCCGCUCUGGCUGAUCAGUCUGCUGGGAAGAACAAGAAUAAGUUUGUGCCGUACAGAGAUUCAGUUCUGACGUGGCUGCUGAAGGACAAUCUCGGCGGCAACAGUAAAACGGCCAUGAUCGCCACCAUCAGUCCAGCGGCCGACAACUACGAGGAGACGCUGUCGACGCUGCGGUACGCCGACCGAGCGAAGAGAAUCGUCAACCACGCCGUGGUGAAUGAAGACCCCAACGCUCGCAUCAUCCGGGAGCUCAGAGAGGAAGUAGAAAAACUGAAGGUGCAGCUGUCGCAGGCGGAGUCUCUGAAAGCUCCUGAGCUGCAGGAGAAGCUGCAGGAGUCCGAGAAACUCAUUCAGGAGAUGACCGUGAGCUGGGAGGAGAAACUGCGGAAGACGGAGGAGAUCGCGCAGGAGCGUCAGUGGCAGUUGGAGAGCAUGGGCAUCUCUCUGGAGUCUUCCGGGAUCAAAGUUGGAGAAGAUAAAUGCUUCCUGGUCAACCUGAAUGCAGAUCCUGCUCUAAACGAGCUGCUUGUUUAUUAUCUGAAGGAUCACACGCGUGUGGGUGCCGACACGUCUCAGGAUAUCCAGUUGUUUGGUAUCGGGAUCCAGUCGGAACACUGUGUGCUAGAAAUCGCCUCUGAUGGAGACGUUACGCUCAGCCCGAUAGAGAACGCCAGAACGUGUGUGAACGGCGCAAUGAUCUACUCCAGCAUUCAUCUGUGGCAUGGAGAUCGCAUCCUGUGGGGAAAUAAUCACUUUUUCAGAGUCAACCUGCCCAAGCGCAAGCGGCGAGACCGUUUAAAAGAGAUGGAGAGAGACUCACCCCGCGAGAGCUUUGUGGAAGCGGACUUGGAGACGGAGAGCGAGGCUUCGUCCGAGCAGGACUACAGCUACGAGUUCGCACAGAUGGAGGUCAUGAUGAAAACUCUGGGGAGCAACGAUCCAAUGCAAAACGUGGUGCAGGUGUUGGAGAAACAGUAUCUGGAGGAGAAGCGUUUGGCUCUGGAGGAACAGCGCGUGAUGUACGAGCGAGAGCUGGAGUCGCUGCGGUCGCAGCUCUCGCCUGAGAAGAUCUCGCAGCACCAGCGCUGCAGCAGCGACCGUCUGCCCUUCCCAACACACGGCACACACAACAAACUGCGCCUGUGGACGGACGAGAGGGAUGAGCUGUUCCGCCAGAGUUUGUCUCGACUCCGUGAGCAGGUGGUGAGAGCGAACGCUCUGGUGCGAGAGGCAAACUUCCUGUCUGAAGAGAUGCUCAAACUCACAGACUACCAGGUCACACUGCAGAUACCUGCUGCCAACCUCAGUGCCAACCGCAAGCGUGGAGCUAUUGUAAGUGAACCAGCAAUCCAGGUGCGGCGUAAAGGGAAGGGAACACAAGUGUGGACCAUCGAGAAACUAGAAAACAAACUGGUGGACAUGAGAGACCACUAUAGAGACUGGAAGGAGGGCAUACAGGAUGUGGGCAUCAGGCUGCAUAAUAAGGUUGCAGAUCCGUUCUAUGAAGCUCAAGAGAAUCACAACCUCAUCGGCGUUGCAAACGUCUUCCUGGAGUGUCUCUUUCAUGACACCAAGCUGCAGUAUGCAGUGCCUAUUAUCAGCCAGCAGGGGGAGGUGGCGGGUCGGGUGCACAUUGAACUCGUGCGUGUGAGCGGAGUCAUGCCCGAGCGGCUGGCGGGCGGAGACGACUCAUCCGAGAACUCCAGCGAGAGCAGCGGAUACGACGUCAUGGACAACAAUGGAGAGAUUGUUCACAUGGCCAAAAAACUGACCUGCAGGGUGCGGAUCAGAGAGGCGUCAGGUUUGCCUCUCAACUUGUCCAACUUCGUCUUCUGUCAGUACACGUUCUGGGAGCAGUCAGAGCCCACUGUAGCCCCGCCCAUGGUCAGCCCGGACACUCCCACCCCACGCACCCCCGACGCGGAGUUCACCGUGCGCUUCGACCACUGCAGGGAUUUUAUGGUGCAUGUGACCGAGGAGUUUCUGGAGUUUAUCUCUGAUGGAGCUCUGGCGAUAGAGGUGUGGGGUCACCGUUACGCGGGUAACAGUCGCUCAGUGUUGGAACUGGACGCUCUGCAGGCCAAGACACGAUCGCUCAGAGACAGGUGGAGUGAGGUGUCACGUAGAGUGGAGAUGUGGGUCUCCAUACAGGAGCUCAAUGAACAGGGCGAGUAUUCGCCCGUUGAGCUGCACCCGAACAAAGACACGAGCACCGGAGGAGUGUUUCAGCUGCGGCAGGGACACUCUCGGAGAGUGCAGGUGUGUGUUCAACCGGUGCAGCAUUCAGGAACUCUUCCACUGCUCGUGGAGGCUCUUCUGUCCGUUUCUAUCGGCUGUGUGUCUGCUCGAUCCGUUAAACUACAGAGAGCGCUGGACAGCUAUCAGAGAGAGGAAGACGACGAUAUGGAUAGUUAUCAGGAAGAAGACCUCAACUGCGUGCGGGAGCGCUGGUCUGAGGCUCUCGUCAAACGCCGGGAAUAUCUGGAGGAGCAGAUUAAGAAGAUCAUCAACAAAACAGAGAAGUCGGAGGAGGACGUGGAGAGAGAGGCCAGACUGGUGGAGCAGUGGGUGGGACUGACGGAGGAGAGGAACGCCGUGUUGGUUCCGGCUCCUGGCAGCGGAAUACCAGGAGCUCCUGCAGACUGGGUUCCCCCUGCUGGCAUGGAGGCUCACAUCCCUGUGCUGUUCCUGGACCUAAAUGCUGAUAAUCUGACCGUGAAUGAUCAGCUGACCGGUCCUCAUGCAGCCGGUGUGAACUCUAUUCUUCCUAAAGAACACGGCAGCAUGUUCUUCUACCUGCCCAUCAUCAGACAAAGCCAUGACCAGGUGUCGGCCGUGUGUUCCUGGGAUUCAUCCAUCCAUGAUUCCAUCCACCUGAACCGGAUCACGGUGCCCAGUGAGCGGAUCUACCUGAUUGUAAAAGCCACGGUGCAGCUCAGUCACCCGGCCUGCAUGGAGCUGGUGCUGCGCAAGAGAAUCGCCGUCAACAUCUACAACAAACAGAGUUUCACUCAGAGUCUGAAGAGAAGGAUGUCUCUGAAGAACAUGCUGCACACGUGUGGCGUUACAUACGAGAUCGUGUCGAACGUGCCAAAGGCAUCAGAGGAACCAGAGGAGCGAGAGACUCUGGCGUUGAUGGCGGCGCGAGGAGAGAGUGAAGAGACGCUGGAUGGAGAGACGUACAUCGAGAAAUACACCAGAGGAGUUCUGGAGGUGGAGAAUAUUCUGUGUCUCGAGAGACUCCGACAGGCAGUGACUGUGAAGGAAGCUCUCUCUUUUAAAGGAAGACGCAUACGCAGAAGUCUCAGCACUCCGAACGUUCAGCACAGCUCUUGCUGUAAAUCAGAUGUGACGGGCUGUGAGGAUGAAGAUAUCAAGGGUCACUGUGACGGUCACACGGACGUCUCCGAAUCCAACCCCCAAGAGUUGUCCCUCAACAGUGUCCUCUCCAAAGACACACCUGUCAAAAGCAGGGAGAAUCAUGGGUCAGUGCCAGAGAGUCCAACGUUCUUCAACUCCAGUCCGUUUAAGGUUCUCUCACCACAGCCGCCCAAAUUCCUCAAAUCUCUCCUGCCAGUGAGAGAGGAGAACAAAGCCAAGCGGGUUCUGGAGUCACGACCUCUGCUGGGACAGGAGGAUUCAGAAGAGGAGGAGCACAACGUAGAGUCAGCCUUCGCCCGUUCCAGUGUUCCAGGGUCUCUCGGGUCUGAACAGCUCCCAAACUUCAAGCCCUACGUCCCGGAGGAUUUUGCCAACUUUGAGGUGUACAAUGCCAGUCUUGACACCAAGGAUGGGGUGCAGGAGGAAUUGGCAUCUGGGGUAGAGCCAUUACCAGAGACAAGGACUGUAGAAAAGGAAGUGUCCCGGAGUCCCACAGCCAGCAGCUGUACGAGCGGAUACUUCUCCCAUAGUGCCUCAAACGCAACUCUGUCCGAUGUGGCUCUUAGUGGCAGCGAUAGUUGCGACCAGCUCAAUAGCAAAGAAACCUCCGAACCUCCGGAACACUGCUGUCCUGGAGGAAGAGCGUACCUACCUAACAGGAGUACCCCAGGGGUCGAGACCGUUCCCAUUCAACGCUGUUCUCGUAACUGCAUCGACCGGGACUGCUCUUCGCCGCUACCCCGAAAAUGCAUCCUGAGUGUUAGUCAAGAAUUCACAGACUUUAAGGGGGCAGAUGAUGGUAUAGGAGCCGAAGACCCGGGUCACUUCGAGACAAGCUGGCAAGCGGAGGCGAAUCUCCCAGACUUGGGGAAGCAAAACUCUGCCAGAACGUCAGACGAGAAAAGCAGUUGUGUCGCGGUUCCUUUGGCUCAGGGCAAUCUUCACAAUGGAAAAGGGUCUCCCAGUGUUCCUGUACCUGACAACAACCCAGAGCUGGAAUCAUCUAGAGGACUUGACGACUCGGAGGACGCAGAACCUUCUGCAGACUCCAGUGAGGACGAGAAUGCACCUGUUGCUCAGCUGCCGGACUGGAUGGCUCCCGGUGAGCAGGUGUGGGUGGGGAGGCAGAGUGGGACGGUGCAUUAUGUUGGAGGGGUGGAGUUUGCCAAGGGCAUCUGGGUUGGAGUGGAACUAGACCUUGCUGUAGGCAAACACAACGGUACGGUUCAAGGAAGGGUGUAUUUCCGCUGCGCCACAGGUCAUGGCGUCUUUGUGAAGCCAUCCGGUCUGACCAGAGGACCUCCUCCAUCCAUUGAUGCCGAACCGCAACCUGUGCUCCAAUAGGGACUUAACAUUGACAUAAAGAUGAAGUGUGUCAACGGGAUUGCAGAAAUAACGACUGCUUCCAAGAAAGUUUCAAACACUACACCUUUUUGCCAUUAUUCGGUCAAACUGGUUGUCCUGCCGCCAUUGGGUGAGCCCAUGUUGUUGGCUGACCCGGGACGCUCCAACAGAGUGCUUUGCCGCUAAUGGCGCAGCAAUUACACACUUAGACUUUACACGUUAAGAGUGGACGGAUGGAUUCUUUAACACCAGCAUGGACUGCUUACUUGACCCAUCCUUUUUUAGUACAUGCCAGAUAUGUGUUGAUCGACUCCCCUUAUUCUGUGGCAAAAACGUUUUACGUGUGUUUGUGUGUGAUGUUUUAAAGUUAAAGGACUAUUUCAGUAUCAUCUUUGAAUGUCAAAAGUUGCACAGUUGCACAAAAAGCGUUUUAUAUCAUGUUAGCUAUAGCUGAAAUACUAACUUCGCGUAAACCUCCAUCUUGGAGAGCGUACCACUUCUUAUAUGACUAAAUCUAUUAAUCAAACGAUGCCUAACUAUCGUUCUACUUUGAGUGAUUGGAAACAUUUCGAUCUGUUUUCGGUAAGAAUGAACUACUGUUUCUGAACGUUUUUGUUUUGCGCGAUUAUAUCAGGUAUUACCAAAGACAUAGCCUUUCAAAUCUGCUGUGCAAACGGCAAAGAUGUCGUCAUUUUUGUAAGUACUUUGGCACCGCGUGUUUGCCUGUGUGCUUAAGUAUGUUUUGUUGAUGGAUUUAUGCUAAUAUGCUAAGCGCCAUGUUGGAAGACCACAUGCCCUUCGGAACUUCAAAAUUGUGAUUGAUUUGUACGUUUUGAAGGUAUUUCGAUUGGACGGCAAGCCUGUCGCAUUACUGGCUUGUUGAGUACUGUAACCGUUGAAGGACUGCCAAUAUUUGUAAUAACGAAGCUUUCAGCAUUGCACUGGAGUAACUUAUCCUGGACGCACAUUAAGUUACGUAAUGCACAAACUUUUACGCUUUCUCAGAUACUGAUUUGACGCUUCUCAGGAGGUUGACAGGAAGUGACAAAGUCUGUAUAUAUGCGGAGAGCACCUUGCUUUCUUUAUCAGACCGUUGGCAGUAGGACGCGCUAUCGGCUUACUGUCGCCAAACCGCGCUAGAUCAGAAAUGCUCUUAAGUACUGACACAAGUCCCGUUCCUCAACGGGGUCUUUUUAGAUAGUCGAAUUCUAGGUUUAUCCACUUAAUAUUGAAGCUUUCAAGCAUUCGUGUUUUUUUGGGACUGUUGAGAAUGAUUUUAAUAGUUUGUGAUACUAAAGCCAAUAUGAAUAUGUUUUAUUUAGGUGUAAAUGGGAAUAUUGGGGAAUGGGAUAUUGCUGAAAUAACGAUCGUGUGCGUGCUAUGACAGUGCUGUUAUUAUUGCUCAGUUUUACCUGAAGAACUGUGGAUCUGUCAUUGGAGAUGGUAAGAUAAAAACCCACGACCUUACAUAAAAAAAAACAAAAACAAAGCUGCUCUCCUUGACAAAGGAGCUGUACAUAAAAUGUAUGAACAUAGUAUUUACACUAUUAUAAUGUACAGAACUGUGUUGUAUUUAUAUUGUAUCUGCAGACUGUUAAAGUUGGUACAAAGAUGUUGUAGAAUACAGAAUGUUUACAAACACUUGUCUGGUGUCCUUGUUUACUAUAAUGUUACUGAUUUUGUAUUCUAUUGAAUUGGCUCAUAAAAGAGAGAUCAUUUGCAUUGGUUAAAUUUUAGUGCCAUCUCUGAUUGGGCCUUUGUCCCUCUCGGAGGCUUGAUUAGCCUCGUUCUCUUAGGCCGGGGAGCCCAAGGCAUGACGUACACCCCCCCCCCCCCCUUUCCCUGGGGAGGGGCGUGGCUAACAUCCUGUCUGCCGGCAGGUCAUCCCCAUCUACCUGGAUGAUGGAGGGGACAGGGGGAGUGAAACAAAAAAAAAAAAUGUGGCACCUACAUGCAGUAACAGCGAUCAUGCCAAAUUAACAAAACAUUUAAAAAAGAGAGGGAAAGGCCAACCCGGAGCAGCAGUGGACGAGAGAGGAGAAAAAACCCACUUAGUCGUCGGUUCUCCGAUACGCCGUAGCUUAGUCCUCGGCCACUGCUCCAAUGGACGACAGCCACACCUCCCCGGGAGGAUCGGGGAACAGAAGGGGUCUCCCCAGCCCCUGGCAGCGGUUCUCUCGCUCCAGGCGGUCGGUCGGGAGCCUCUCCCCGCUUGCGGUCGGUGGUCAUCACGACCCCGCCGCGUUUAGUGGCUGGUAGGUGUCUCCCCCGCCUGGGGCGUCCUGGCAGUGGCCUUGACUGCUCUAGGCGGUCUGCUAGGAGCCCCUUCUCCCUUCACGGUUGCCGGCUGCUCCGUUGGGGUGGACGGUAGUGGCGAGAACUCCAUUACGGCGCAUCCCUCCUCCUUCCCGUGUUUCGGCACCAGUGUAAAGGGAUUCAUGGAAAGGAGGCGGCGAGAACCGGAUUGACAAUAUAAAUAAUAUAAACCAUGUAAAAAAUAAAAUUAUACAUUUUUUUUUUACUUUGAUCUCUGAAGUUAUUUCCACAACUUUUUUGUAUUUAUUUGUAUUAAUUAUUUAGAUUAUUACUUAUUUUGUUUUGAUUAGUUGCACGCUCGAAAACAAGAUGAGUAAAAAAAUAAACAGAAAUAACUGUACAUGUCAUAGAAGUGCUGUUACAGACAAGGGUUUGAAAUGUGUAAAUAAAAAUGUGUGUAUAUUUAAUUUGUAAAACAGUAUAGAGUCAAACCAUUUCACAUAGGCCUAAUUUAAUAAAAGAUUAAAGAUUGAUACCUUUUAAUGGUAUUUCUUGACUAUUUGAAAUUCUUUUCAUGACUGAAGAGUCCAGGGAACAUGUUUGUCAGCAUAUUUUGAUAAUGACCCUGUUACUGUUACGUGAUGAUAUUAAUUUUGUACUUUUAUGUGUCUCACAACGUUGCAUUUUGAUUUGCAGUUAGGUAAGGUCAACCGAAA